AUGAAGCAACCAAAAGAUCCUUUUGAAGUAGCAUUUGAGGAAUUAGAUGAAUCCCUGGUUGAUUCCCCUGACACUCAUGAUGAGAUUGUGGCUCAAACUCUAUCAUCAAAACCAAAUAUCAACUCCCAAAGAGAUGAUUUGGAAAACAAUAUUCAUCCUUUAAACAAACCAAAAUCAAGAGAGACCCCGAAAAAAUGUCCAAAAUGCAGUCAAUAUUAUCACAGUUCACUGAGGAACAAAUUAGUAGGUAUGAAUAGAAGAUCUGGAUUUCAGAAAUUAAAAAUGAAAAGGUUAUUAGCCAACAUUACUGGAAGUGCCAAGAUUUCAAUGCCAAUGAAUAUUGUCGUAUCCGAGAUAGCAAAGAUUUUUGUUGGUGAACUUGUUGAGACAGGUUGUGUAUCAACACAGGAAGUAUGUGGGGAGAUAGAUAUUAAAGAUGUUGAAAUUGAGGCUAAACAUCAACAAAUGCAUUUGCUGAUGAGAUUGGGAUUCCAUUCCUUGAAACAAGUGCUAAAAGUUCCACCAAUGUGGAAGAAGCUUUUAUGGCUAUGA